AUGUCUUACCUUUUGCUCGGCCUUAACUUGCCUGCACGAUUUGGACUUGAUCCUUGGUUUGUCAUGAAGAGAGCUGUAGCACUUCACAACGCCACAGUCGCAUGUGCAUCAUCGGACAAUUCACAGCAGAAUGCCUAUGAAUUGCUCCUCAUCAGUCUUUGUAAAAGUCCAAAACUGAUCGCAUGGAAUUCGACUUCAACCCAUCAGUCUGAAGUCUCAGAAGAAAAGUCAAUCAAAUCUUCCCCUUGUGUUGCGCUACCUUCCCAAAGAAAGCGUCCUGUUCGUCGACAAAGACUUGCAAAAAUCUUGAUCUCGGAUGAAGAUUGCACUUCGGAUUUGGCUUUUGUCACCAAAGUUGAUCCUACUUCGACUUCACUCAACCGAACAACUUCUUUCAUCCCGCUCACUGAGGAGCAAUCUGAAAACUUUCACAUUUUCAAUGAGUUACUCGCCGAACACAGUGUUUCAACAACCUCAGCCCCUACACUUCCUACCUCCAAGUCUCCCUCACUCGUUCCAAACUCAUCCCAAGGAACAAAAAGAUCACAUUCAAAAUCACAACUUUUUGCCACUCCUGAACCAGUCUCAAAGAAAUCAAAACCAACACUUCAUUGGACUGAGAUCUUAGAUGAUCUAAUGACGGCGUCUGAUUGGGAAGAAGCAGAAGAAGAGCUAAAGAAAGAAAUCAAACCAUUAAUUAAUACAACUUUAUUUGAUCAAACCCUUUCUUUCAUCCCGCUCACUGAAGACGAAUCUGAAUUUUUUUUUAUCUACAAUGAGUUACUUGCUGAACAUCAAGUAUCUACAAUCUCGACCCCUUCAAUUUCGACUUCCGAACUUGCCUCAAUCACUCAUAACUCACCAGUUUUCACCCCUCGGUCAUUGAUUUCAAGGAAACCGAACCCAACACUCCACUGGACUGAAAUCUUAGACAAUUUAAUGACCGCUUCUGAUUGGGAGGAAGCGGAGGAAGAUACACUGGCUACUACCUCAUCCUCUUCAUCUUUCAACACGACAACUUCUUCGAAUUCGAAACCUUCAAAAUCUAGCUCAAAGAAUCUCAAAGAUACUGAAGGACAACUUCAUUGGUCUGAAAUCUUGGAUAAUUUGAUGACAGAUGAAGAUCGACAAGAAGCCGAUGAAUCUUUCACCAUCACUCUUCCUUUCUCUCAAGAAAGACGUUUAGAGUCUUUUACAAUUGAUGAGACUUAUUCUCUCCCAUCUACACCCUCUUCGAAUAUCCAUUCAUCUUAUUCGAGCGCUCAGAAUACUCAUUCUCUACCAACACCUGUAGAAGAACUCAAAGAUCCGUUCAGUUUAAUUAAUAACAAUCAUCAAAACUCUUUCUAUCAUUCAGAUAUCAGUUUUGAGAUUGUGAAAUCUUGUUUAGAAGAAAAUGAUGAUUUUACAACCGAUCUUACUAGUUUGAAUCUCGAAAAAUCUAUUUUAAAUCUUGAUUUCGAUUUUGAAAAUUCUUUCUGUUGA